GAAUACCAUCGACGCCGCCGCAAGGAUAGGGCGAUGCUGCCGCGGCUAGAGAUGCCUUCACCGGCGCGCGCAAGGCCUGGUGGCUUCAGGAAAGAUCGAGCUCACCAUCAUCGAACCACACAUCCGAGCCUCCAGCACCACCGCGUCGAGCAAGCGGGGCUGCUUGCCAGUGAAGGCAUCGUCGCUGGCAAUGAUGCACACGACUACAGCUUGAUCCCGCGCGAGUUCUACGUCGUUGAGACGAGCAUCCUUCCAAAAGGCCCGUCGAAUCAAUAUGCGUCGACGUUCAAUGGAUCCAUGUGGGAAACGGUCGUGUUUCCGUCCCUGGAACCGCACACGCGCGCGGAAGUUCUGCACCUGCGGGACGCGUUGGCAAAAAUGGAAGCCAAACUCAAGCAGGAGCAGCAGCACCAGGCGCCUCGUGCCCCUCACAACAGCAACGACGACGAAGACGACGAUGGAGACAAUGGCACUUGCACAAGCCACCCGAGUGUGACGUACUCGGCUGAGUAUUGCACCAAGGAGUGGGAAGUGUACUCUGUGUGCUUCUCUGAACUCAUUCGACAGCUCACGUUUGUCUGCCGCGACCAAGGCACCCUACUCCGCACAAUUCAAGAUCGACUGCACGACGUGUUCCAACGAGUGCUGGCGUCCAUGCGAGCGAUGGAGGUCACGAUCAACGACUACGCGAAGGCAUCUCUGCCUUCUCCCCAGCCGACGCGACAUCGCGAGUCGUACACAGAUGCGCAAUCCAAUCCUACAGUCAGCCUUUUGCCUGCCAACGCUUGCGACAGCGAUGAUCCUGCAUCGUCCUUCGAUCGUGACGACGACGACUCGGAGCCGGAGGAGUUUAUCUGCUCGUUCUGCUACGAGCUCUGCCGCGACCCGAAGAGGGAAAGCACACGGCGAAGCACGUUCCUGGGCAACAUCAAUCUGAAGCGUCUGAGUGUCGACAUCGGGAGCGACUCGAAGAAGCUCCAGUCGGUGGCCAAGAUUCAGGCAGUGUACCGUGGGUACAGGUGUCGCAAGCUGCAGAGGCAUGCCACGCGCAUCAAGCAGCGCAACGACGCUGCCACGCGCAUCCAGCGUAUAUUUCGAGGGCGGGUCGAGUGCAAGAAAGCGGCAAACCGGCGACGGGUGCUCGCGAUGUGGAAGAAAAGGGCCCAUCAGCUGUCGGCGAUCCAACACAUGCAGCGAAGUGCGCGGCGCUUCUUGAAACGCAAUCAAACGCUGCGUGAAGCCAAGCUGGCCGACGUCGUUGGGCAAUUUAAGCUUGUGGACUCGGAAGUUGCCGAGAAAGUGCAAGAAAAAACCGCGGCGGUGGCAAAGUUGAUGGCGAAUGUCCAAACGUACCAGUCGCAAGUGCGGCGAAUCGAAGGACUCCUUUCACCAACGCAUACCACAAACGACCAGCAAGAGACCGGCACCGACAUGGGCGGCGGCGACGGAAAAGGCGAGCAAGCCAACAAAACCCAAGCAGUGCCCGACGUCGCGGUGGACGACCCUCCACACGAAGAAGACGAGUCGUCGAGAAUGCGUCUGGACAAUCUGUGCGCAAGUGUGAGCGUUGGUCUCCGCUUGAUUCACGAGCGAGCAGCGAAAAUGCGCAAGCGGGAAGCCAAGCUUCAAGAAGAACUGAAUGCAGCACGAAGGCAUGUCAAAGACUUGGAGGCGCAGCAGGCAGCACAGGCUCUGACCCACGUCGAAGAGGACGACGACGACGCCGACGACUGGCACUUGCCCGGCGACGGCAAUUCGGGUCGUUUCGACAAUGCAAAAGGCACCGUGCGGACCGCGCGCGAUUUGAUCGACUCGAUCAAGUCGAUACGGGCAACGCGGCACUGGCAGGGAAAGGUGGCGUCCCCACGUCGAGGUGGCGGCGUCGCUUCGUCUUUGUCGGCACACGAAGUGAACGGAUGUCACAGUCAGACUGCAGGCCAUGCGUCCCCCACAAGGCCACACUCCACCGAACCCACCGUGCCUCCGUCUAGUGGUGCGUCGACUGUCCAUGCGACGGCAUCGCUGCUGAGCAGAAUUCGCGUGGACGACGCCGUUCAACAGCGCGGUCCCCGACCGCUUGAUUGGCUCAAGCAACUCAUGGGAGCCAUCUACGAUACGAUUCGAGCCACCGAUGAAGAUGCGCAGGUCGCGGCGCCGUCCCACGUCGUCUUCUGCACGUGGCUCGCACCCGCCGAGUACCUCCACGAGCGAGACAUGGUCAAGGCUGCGAUUCCCACGGCCAACAUGUGCGACACCGUGUACGAGCACUUUCAGUGUCAGUUUGGGUUGACGUCCCUCGUCGAUCAAGCGAUCGGUGACCUGGCGACGGCUGUCCAGGCGCAUGCGCUGGCCGACGACGACGUGCUGCUCUUCCAGUGCUUUCUCAAUGGGGCUCGGCCCAAGCAAGACCUUCGCUUUUAUUGUUACUUGCGCAGCGUAUGCCCGCCGUUCCUGGAUUCUCGCUCGCAUCGCUACGUCGUCGACCUCCCGCACGCGCUCAAAUGUGCUCACACACUGUUUCGGGUCGGCGAGAACCACGAAGACCCCGCCAAGGCCGCCGCCUACGCGACUUUCGUCGCCCAGCUCCACCUUCGCGCCAUGCGACCUCCAUCCUUCGCACGCCGCCACAAUGUGUCGAGCACUGGUCCAACCGCGCCAAGUCCUGGCAAGAACAUGCCGAUGGCGCCUGCUGCACCGCCGCCAGCAACACCAAACACGCCGAUUCUGGUGCUCUUCACCGAUUUUUUCGACUUGCUUUGCGUUCACCAUGCCGAAGCCAGGAUGACGUGCCUGUGGCAACUCUGGGUCGUGAAUCGAUUCCAAGAGAUGGAUCUGGACGGCGACGGUGCGAUCUCGCUGGACGAGUUUGUUCGUCCCCUGGUGCAGCUGCCGCAAGCACCGACGGCGCGGGAGCUCAAGCAGCUCUUCCAGCAUGCCAUGGCCAGGUCCACUGUCGUCGACAAGGCGACGGCGAGCAUGACGUUUGCAACUUUUCAAGAGUUGAUGCUGCGGCUCCUGCGGAACAAGCAGCUGCAAGCGAGCCCGGACGACAUCGGGCUCCACCCGGCGCUGCGUCGGCAGGCCGCGGAAAGUCGAAAGCUGUUGCACACGAUUGCGCGCCACUGGCACAUGAAGAAAGAAGUGGUCGAGGCCAUCGUGGACGGGAUGCUCCAGCGAAGCGGCUCCCAGAGAAACUUGGCUGCGUACCUGUUGCACUUAAGAGGAGAUCUUGAGUGCGUCCUCCUGUCGAGCGCUGUCAGCGUCGAAACGUGCUUGGAAGCAUGGCACACAUACGCGGCGAUCGUGUGCAUAUUGCUCGCCGUCAAGGUGAAGAACGCGGCGUUCCAGCGAGUCACGGAGGCGCACGUUGUGGAUCUCGAGCGCGUUUGGCAACUCCAGGGCGAAGUGGAAGCAAAGGGCUUUCGCAAGAAUACCAUGUCUGAGACCACCGCUGCGUCAGGUCCCCCGAGUCAUGACGGAGAACACGGACGAAAGGUGUCCAUGGCUUCUGUCGCACUGGACCCAACCGACAACCCAACGCCAGUGGAGAAGGAAUCCGUCGUGCAGGAGGCAUCAAGUACCCCAGCUAGAACGCUCUCAUCCGCUGUAUCUUCUUGGCAUUGGGGAUCACGGCCGCAGCUUCAUCCACCCAGCCCUGGCGGCGCCGGCCUCCUCGCUUAAAAAGACGGCGUCGUUGUUGCAUCGUAUUUUUUUGUCUGUCAUGGAAUCACAUACAAAUAUUGAGAUAAAUUGUGUAUUAAAAAAAGAGUGACACUCGACCA